AUGUUUCGAUCUGAAGACGAGCCAGUGGGAAGAAGAUGUACAAAAUAUAAACUGACAAUGAGGUCUGCAUCCAUCGUCGUUGCCAUUAUUAUUCUCAUUGCUGAAGUUUCUCUCGCAGUGUAUGAAUACAUUCACUGUCGAAUAGAUGGAAAUCCCUUACCUGCUGUCUUUGCUGGCAUUUUCUCAGUACACUCCAUCUUUACAACUUUCUACAUUGUUGGUGCUUUUCGACUCGUGGAAUGUUUUAUGGUUCCUUGGCUAACAUUGCAGCUGAUCUUUCUAACAACAUUCGUAUUAUUUGUGAUUGUUUGGUGGAUUGCUACAUUGCUAUCCAUAUUCAAUUUAGUUCAUUAUUAUCAUACUACGAGUGAUAAAGGAUUGACAAAUAAGGAGUUUUUCGUCCUGACUGGUGUUAUUUUGACAAUUGCUCUUCUGGUUUCCAUCAAACUAUCUCAUAUUCUAUACAAAGGAUUUGUGGCCGUUCGAAAUCAGAAUAUGGCUCGUUACCGAAUCACCGAAGCAAUUCAACGAAAAGAUUCAGUUCUAAAACCUAGUUAUGUCUAA